AUAUAUAUACCUUGUUAUACAUGGCAAACUCAUGAACUCGUGGUUUAAUUGUCUAAAAUAUUCACUUAACGUUAAACAUUGUGUUUUUGUUGUUCCUGAUCGUUUACAUGCUUAUCUAAAUAAAUGAUGGAUGUAUUUAAAGAACCAAGGAGAUGUAAUCAUUAUGUCGUGCUACUAGCUAGAUACUAGCUAGCGCUAGCUACUAAGGUUCGCCUACAGUUUCCUGACCAGAGCUUCUCUUAAUACAUCCAUGGCUUCAUCCCUCAUCCAGGUUGAGUGAUAAUAACACUGUAUUAAAGUUACAAAAAACAUUUUCCUUAUUUUUUAAUCUUAAAUUAAGAUAAUUAAUUUUAAAAUAAGGAAAAUGCUUUUUGUAACUUUUUAGUGGUUAAUUGUAAAAGCUAAAAAAGCAGAAUGCAGGCUUAAUAAUGGAGCUAGUUAGGUAGCUAGCUAACGUUAACGUAAUAUCUUAUUUGUCCCUAAGAGCCGAUGUGGGUUUAGGUUAAGGUUUUAACACUUAUCUUAUGACACAUCCGAGGUCUGUAUGCUGAAAAGUCUGUAACGUGGAUGAGGGAUGAAGCCAGACAGAAUUUCAUAGCUUUAUGACUAAACGAAAAGUAAAAGCACACGUUUCUAUGGUAUUAAGAGAAGCUCUCUUCACAAAACUGCAGGCUAACCUUAGUAGCUAGUAUCUAGCUAUGUCUGUAGUAACGUUAUGUAGGCAUAUAUGUAGCUAGCUAAAGUGUUACCGUUCUCUUAAUACAUCCAUGCUAGCUACCACUGAUGUUAGCUACUAGCCGAUAGCCCUGGCAGUAAUGACAUUACAUCCAUGUUACAGGCUUUACAGCAUACAUACAUCCAUACAUCCCUCGGAUGUAUCAUAAGAUAAUACCAUGGAUGUAUUAGCUAAUAGAACACAUGGUGAAUUACAGUCAUUAGCUAUAUCCAUUAUUACAGCUACAGGAUCUUGUGUGUGGCUGCAGUCCCGCAGAUCUGCUUGCGUUCAUUAUGUGCUUUCAUAAUGCCUUGUUUAAACUCUGGAUUCAGCUUAAGACCGAACAGUAAAAGCUUGUUAAAGAAAAUGAGUUCUGUUUUGUCAAAAAUUCAGAAAAGUUAAUUCUCCACUAUUUUUCUGAGUCAUUAGUACAAAUUUGUAAUCUCAAGUUUACAGUGCUCAACCACUUUAAUUAUUUUUCGUCAUUGUACUCAAAUAGUUUAACAGUAAUAGCUGAGACGUCACGUACGUGCGUACGUGCUUCGACGUGCCACGCACCGAUCCUGUGGAAAAUUCCGCCAUUGUUGCAUUCCGUGUCAGUGGAGAAAUUUAGAAGAGUAAUUUGCAGCUUGUGGAGAACUUCGGUAAUUUAUAUGUGUAAGUGAAAGAAGAUACUGUGGAAAAUUAACCGUGGGACUGCCAGUGAAGAUUUUUCAGGGAACACCGCUGUGGCAUGCAGCAAUUUUCUGAACCUGACAAGCUAGCUAACUUUUGCCAUUGUGCUGACCGCACUGACUGACGUUAUAUUGAUGUUCCCUUUGGGCGCGCUAAUUUGGCUGAAGCUGAGGCAACUGGCUGACAUACGGAGUCUUCUAUCUGGUAUGUUCAUGUGAAUGAAUGCACAACACUGAAAUGACUCCAACCUAUCCAUAACGGUUUUCACUAUGUAUGCAGACUUGUGGAUUUGAUAGGGGGGUAAUAUAGUUUUACAAUGGCUUGGAUGUGCAAACUUUGUGCUGCUGCUGCCUUUGAUAAAAGAGCACAGUUGCUUGAACACUAUUGUUUGCAUCACAGCAAUUGUUCCUCAGUCAGUCCUUUGCCUUGUCUGUAUGAAGACUAUCUGCACAUUUCAGUCAGUAAAUGCUUUGAAAAUUCACCUUAUACGGUUACAUAGUCUGACAGUUGUGACUAGUGAAAGUCAGGUGGGAUGUGUGUCAUUUAUCUGUCCUGUGUGUGGAUUCAAGCAACCAUUUAAUGAUAGAAGUCUUCUUAGUCAUUUAAGGACACAUUUAAAACAACAUGAGAUGGUGCAUUGCCCAUUCAAAAAUUGUCACUACUGUACUAAUGUGUACUCUUCCUUCAAUGCCCAUAAAAGUAGGAAUCAUCCAGACUGUGAUGUCUCAGAUUUUAAGGAUGAGAUUGUCUUGACAGAAACUGACAGAAACGGCCAACCGAUGCCUAGUCAAGCUGACUCUGAUCAGGGUUCUCUUUCUCCUGAGCUGGAUGCCCUUGAGUGCAAUCCUCCUGAGUCUACAGAUGACAUUGGUGAAUUGCGCACUCAAUUGACAAACAAUUUGGCUUCUUUGUUCUUGAAAAUGAACAGUGUUCUUCAUGUAUCAGAGAUGGCUAUACAGGACAUAGUUGAAAAUUUGUCACUAAUAUUCUCAUUGUCCAAACGUCUUGUGAAAGACUCUGUCAUCAGUAUUUUUCGAGAGCAUGAUCAAUCGAUCAGUGAUGCCCUUCUUCAUGAAUUAGUUGAAGCUAUCAUGAAAAGUAAUGUUUUUGUCAGUGCUACUUUGGAAGGUGCAGAACUUUCCACUGCCAAGAGGAGGAAAACAUAUGUAAGGAGUAACUACCCUCUGGUAAUGCCAGUGCAAUAUACUGUAGAUUCCAGUGGACACAUAGCAGUGUAUGUUCCAAUACUACAGAUGCUUCAAACUAUGUUUAAAAAUACUGAUCUCCUUGACAAGAUUCAAGAAACUAAACCAUCACCACUUGGAAUGUUCAUGUCUCAUGAAGAUGGAACAUAUUUCAAAGAAAAUCAGUUUUUGUCAGAAGCAGGAGAGAUGAAAUUGUCGCUGAUUUUGUAUGUCGAUGACAUUGAAAUAGCUAAUCCUUUAGGCACGUCUAGAAAGAUCCACAAGCUUUGUACAGUAUACUGGUGGCUGGCCAAUGUUCCCAGUCAGUAUAGGUCCAGCCUGCAUGUCAUACAGCUAGCGCUGCUGUGCAAAGUACCUGAUCUACAGAGCUGUGGUUUUCAAAGUGCUCUUUCACCUUUGUUGAAAGACUUGCGCACUCUUGAGGAGGAUGGCAUUUUCAUUGAAAGUUUUGGUCAUUGUAUCAGGGGCACUGUGUUGUGUGUUGCAGCUGAUAAUUUGGCUGCCCAUGGUCUUGCAGGCUUUGUGCAGGGUUUCCGAGGACAAUAUGUCUGCAGAUUCUGUUGCUGUACUCAAGACCAGAUACAGUCUGGUGAAGUUUCAGAAGGAGAGUUUAGCAUGAGAACGAGGGCCUGCCAUGAUCUUCAUGUGCAGAAUGUUGUGCAAGGAGAAAAUGCAUCUCACUUUGGUGUUACGGGUGAGUGUGCUCUCAGCAAGACAUUGCAGCAUUUCCAUCCCAUUACUUGUUUCCCGCCUGAUAUACUUCAUGACCUGUUUGAGGGUAUUGUGCCAGUUGAGUUGGCCUUGUGCAUCCGUGAGAUGAUUUGUCUGAAGUAUUUCACUCUUGAAUAUCUAAACACAAAAAUUCGCACAUUUCCCUAUGAGCACUUCGAAAGGCUUGAUAAACCACAACCUAUCCCAAAGACUUUUGCAGCCAAAGUAAGCAUUGGCGGGAAUGGGCAUGAAAAUUCCACUUUGCUACGUUUGUUACCACUUAUGGUAGGAAGUAAAGUACCUGAAGGGGAUAAAGUAUGGGCCAUAUUGAUGGACCUUAAAGAAAUUGUGCAGCUGGUGUUGUCUCCAUCUUUCACUGAAGAAUCCAUCCAGUACAUGCAAACUAAAAUAAGUAAUCACAGACAGGGUCUCAAAGCGGUGUUUCCAGACUUUAAGCUUCGACCAAAGCAUCAUUAUGUUGAGCACUACCCUGAACUGACGCGGCGUUUCGGACCUCUUGUUCAUUUAUGGACCAUGAGGUUUGAGGGAAAACACCGCUUUUUCAAAAGGGUGGUACAUGACACACACAAUUUCAAGAAUGUCUUAAAAACUCUGGCUACCAAGCAUCAGCACAUGAUGGCAUAUCACUUUCGUGCGCCAUCAUUUUUCAGACCCCACACACAAGCCUCAAGUGUCACCUCUGUCCAAGUUACCACACUGCCUUAAGUGGCACAAGAUUUCAUAGAGACAAAGACAGAUAGCCAAAACAUAUACAGUACAUCAAAGGUCUCCAUAGAUGGCACAGAGUAUGCAAAUGGCAUGUUUGUUUCUGCAGGCCACACUGGAGGACUUCCAAAAUUCAGCAAGAUUGAGCACAUAGUGCUUGUGAACAACUCUGUUUCCUUUCUAUGCAGGAACUAUGAGUGCUGGUACAGUGAGCAUUUAAGGUCAUUUGAGCUGACAUCCUCAGACAAUUUCUCUGUGCAUCAGCUGUCAGAACUAAAUGACACAGUAAGUCUCACAGCAUACCAUAUUGACGGGCAUUUGCUAUUGACACAAAAAAAGAUUUAUUUCUAUCAGAGAUUUACAGGAUUAAAAUGUUUUUGGAAGUGGGGAACUGUACAGUCUCAUCGAGCAUUGUGGAGAAAAUGAACUCUGGUGUAAUAUCGCAAUCAAUUUGCCACUAGUGACACCGUUUUUAAUGAACUGUAUACAUUUUAGUUUAUGAUACUAAUCCAAAGCAAUGAUAUUUUUCAUUUACAAUUUGCUGGAAAUUGCCUGAGUUUGUCUGGAACAAAUCCUGAUUGUGUGUUGCCAAACUAAUGGUUCUUUAUUCAUCUUUUCUCGCAUAGGAAAUGGCAGCUCAAAACUUCCUACUUCAUGUCCAUACCUCCACUGACAUUGUUAGGAAGAUGACUUUAUCUUCACGUCCAGAAUCUGUUGAUGAACUAAAAACAAUGAUAAAGGAAAAAUUUAAGCUAGACUUUGACUUUAGCUUAUCAUACCAAGAUCCAGACUUUGAUGGGCAGUUGUGUUCCUUUUGUAGAGAUUGAGGAGCUUCCACAUAAGGCUGUACUAAAAGUUAUAAGGUCUGAGAGUGAUGUCAGUUCAGUAGCAUCAGAUGACACAAUAAUAUUGCCUCAUGCCCUUACACCAGACAGGACUGAGAGAUGGCCUGAUGUAUUUCCAGUGCCCGCUUUUUCCUACGAGGUAGAGCUCAUUCUUGGCGAGGGAAAUGUUACAUAUGAGAGAACAGGGAAAACCCUUAAGCUAUCUAGGGGACAAAAGCACGGCAUCCUUGAGACCCUUGCAGCCAAAAUGCAUAGCUUCAAAGCAUAUCCCAAUGAUAGGGACAUUUCAAUGGUAGCUGAAGCGCUUGUCACUAAGCAUCCUUGUCUAAAAGAGCCAGGAUCUCGGACAGGAUGGUACGGUUGGAAAAAUAGUCUAAAGGUUAAGAUGGGGAACUACCGCUCUAAGUUGAGCCGGGCAGGAUUUAACGAGGUAGCUGUAAAUUCUGGGAAGAAGAGUAGAAACAACCCAGAGAAACAAGCUCCCCACACUAACAUCAAACGACCAAAGAGGGCAGAAGUAAAUUUUCUCCCUAAUUUCCCAAGAGGCGAAGAUGGUGCAAGCCUUGAGCAAUUGAGACUCCAAAUUGUGGAUCAAGUUAAGAUGAGUGACAAAAACCUUCCCCUCAUUGCCAAGUUAAUGCAGACCACCUUCGCUCUGCGGCGCAAAGAGGUCAUCAAUGAUGACCUACCUGUUGGAGAAAUCUUGGAACGCUGGCCUGCCCUUAAAAUUAUUUUCCCAUGUAGACCUAUUCUAGCAGAGUAUUGAUGAGUAUUCAUUUUAAUUCUUUUGUGUGACUGUCAGUAAAUUCAACAAUAUGACUCAGAUUUCCAUCAACUAUAGCAUAUGAUAUGGUUUAAGGAUCUGCAUGUUUUUCACCAAAUCUGACACAGAACAAGAUCAAUGUUUUGAUAUUAUUGGCGUAUUUUGUAGCAUAUUUUGUAGGGUUGGGCAUCGAGAACCAAUUCCUACUUGGAAUCGUUUGGAAGAUUUGGUUUCAAAUCUGAUCAUG